AUGAUGUCUCUCAACCAACGCCCCAAAAAAGAAUCCAUUAUUGAUUUAAGUCGCUUUUUGGAUAAACGCAUCAGAGUUAAAUUCAGUGGUGGGCGUGAGGCCACAGGUCUUCUAAAGGGUUGUGAUAACCUUCAAAACAUGGUGCUAGAUAACACCGUUGAGCACCUUCGCGAUCCUUCUGAACCUUCUCAAAUCACUGAGGCCACUCGUGAACUUGGGCUUGUUGUUUGUCGGGGUCCUUCCGUGGAACUCGUUUGUCCUGCCGACGGAAUGGAAUCAAUCUCCAAUCCGUUUGUCUCCCAGGAAUAA